AUGAUCUCCCCUUCAUACUUCGUCGCACUGCCUCUGGCGGCCCUCGCGGCCGCACAAAACAGCAACACGACGACGUACAACGUGACCAUCUCCUGGUACGGGACCAACGACCCCAAGGGCUCGCCCAACUGCAACAGCAACACAGUAGCCUGCGGGUUCUACACCUAUCCCGGCUACGCAGCAGCCGUAUCGCAGAACCUCUUCGGCGCAGGUCCCGGCGAGGGCAAAGGCCCCGCCUGCGGGACAUGCUACCGCGUCACGGUCGAGACGGACGCGCAGAGCGGCAAGCCUGUGCCUAAUGCGGGGAGCAGCAUCGUGGUGAAAGUGAACAAUCUGUGCCCCGCGGAUGGGGACGACCCGAUCUGCGCGCAGCCCGACCUGCAGACGCCCAACCAGUACGGCGGGGUGGUGGACUUCAACCUGUGCAAUGACGACGGGGCACACGCGGCGCUGCUGGCGCCUGCUAAUACCGGGCUGGCGGGGGGCACGGCGGUGGAGGUGGGCUGUGGAGAGUGGAAUGGGACCGAGAAGACAGACUGUGGGAUUCGUGAUAUUCAACAUGGCUCGAGUGCCCUCAAUCAAAUGGACCGCAGCCAGGCUCUGGAGCUCUCGGUUUUCCGCGGAACAGCAGAAGCCAGGAAAAGACCGCCAAUAUGCCAGAUAUGUCGCCGAAUCACCACCUGGGUCAUCCGCAGUGGGCCAGCUUUGAUAUCACCAAUUAUGGCGCGGCACGGCGAGAGAGCUACGUGGCUUGUCUUGGCUGCCAGAGAUAAAGUUGUCUGCCACUGCCAUAUGGAUCGUCUCAACAGGCUCAAAAAGCUGCGUCAAUGGGGAGGACGCCGGCGACAUCAUUCAACACCGAAUGCCAAUGGCACGGAACAGGACAGUACACAGCCUGUUGAGGCUGACCUAGAGAAAGGAUCUGGUGUUGCGACCAAGCGACCCAAAUCUCCUGCACCUUACUUCGGAUUUGAAGAAGAGCACAGCCCAGGACUAUCCGAAACACGAACGAAGGCACAACUCGAGGCUGAAAUGGCCAUGCUCCUCGACAAAUUCAGAUCCCUGCAGUCUAACCUUGUUAAAAGCACAUUGCUUGCACAGGAAAAUGCUUUGGAGAUCAAGACUCUACGACAAGAAACGUUUGCUUUAGAGGGGAAGUACCGCGUCAGGGGUUACGAGCUCGAGGAGUCUAAGGAAUAUAAUGGGAAGGCGAAUCUGGCGCUUGAGGAAGCCCGCAAAACCAUCAAAGAUCUAGAACAAAUGCUUGAGCAGGCGAAUGAGGCGAGCAUGCUAGAAAAUGGUCACGCAACCCCACAACUAUCGGCACCGCCAGACACGACUGACCAGCAAAUGAGAGAGGCCUGUACGUUGUUUCGCAAGAAGGUAGUCCAGGCUGCCACCUGGCUCAUAGAGUCAGAGAGAGGACCAGUGAAGAAUAUCCUCAGGUCACUAGAGAUUAAGGAGGUCGACCAGCCCCUGCUUUGUGCGCCGAUUGCGAAUCAGCUAUUCUCCAUGGUCUUACUUGCAUUUGAGAAGACUCUUGGCAUCAAGAUGACCCACGACAUAAAUGAACCCCUGAGACUACCUCUUGUCAGCGCUGAAAAGAUGUCUCGCGUGGAUAAACUUCUCGGAUUCGGCACAGGAGCGAUUGCAAGCUCUGUCCAAGAGGACUUCGGGGCUCUUCUUCGACGGAUGAUCUACCAACGAGCGUUGUCAAUCUUUCUGGCAGAUUUCUGGCUGAGUUCGGAAUGCCCGAAUAUGCUCUUCUUCCAAGGACUGCUUCGCGAAUGCACUGACGCCUUCGUACCUCUGGUUCGGGGGCUGCCACUGGGCCUGGUUUUUCGCGAAUACGAGCUAAAGUCUUGGGAAUGGCGCCUCUGCAACUCCUUGCAGGGUUUACGGGAGAGCAACCUAGCCAAGUCUUUUUUCAUGUUCCCGGAGUACCUUCGCUUUACCGAAACUGACGGUCGUGGUCGGACCAUAUUACGCCAAUGCUUGAUGGAGCGUGUUGACGGACGACCGCAAGUAACCUACCUUGGGUCAGAGAGGUUUGAUAAUAAUGGCCAUCGUGUGGAGGAAGACCCGAGUCAGGGGUCAGACUUGGCUGUGGGAUUAGACUCGAGUGUACCCAAGUGA